UGUAGCUGAGCCUGAACAACACAGUCCAACGGCCAACCAUUCAGUUCGCGCACACAUGGUAGACCUUCGGUAAACUCAUCUGUAGCAAGUUCAAUGGGAGACUAUUUGUUCGUAUUGACGAACGUGUUUGAUCAAAAGGUUAAUGUCAAUCCAUUUUCACAUCUGCAUGACUGUGUAGAGAGAGCUAUAACUAUAAGCAGACUUCUGCGUAGAUUACAAAUAAGUGCAGUAAUUACCAUGGAUUCAAAUACGAUUCGAGAUCCGGACAAUGUGGUAUGUAGAUUGCCGCCAUGCCAGAAGAAAACAGAAGAGGGAAGUGAGUCGACUCGUCAUCCACAAUGCAAGCCAAAUGUGGUAUGUUUAAGGGACUUUGAGGAAUAUGCCAAGACGAACAUGCCCAGAGAUGUCUUUGAUUACUAUGCAGGAGGGUCAGACACUGAACAGAGUGUGAGAGACAAUCAAGAGGCUUUCAAACGAAUCCGUUUACAGUCCUGCAUUCUACGAGAUGUAUCAUCACGUGAUAUCUCCACCACCAUCCUUGGACAGAAGGUACCUUUCCCGAUUGGCAUCGCUCCUACAGCCAUGCAGAUGAUGGCACAUCCAGAGGGAGAGAUGGCUAUGGCAAAGGCCGCCACUGCCAUGGGAACCGGCAUGGUCCUGAGUGCUUGGACAACCAGCACAAUAGAGGAAGUGGCAGAAGCAUCAGGCAAUGGUCUGCGCUGGUUUCACGUUCAUAUCUUCAGGGACCGGUCAAUCACCCGGAAAAUCAUUGAACGAGCGGAGAGGGCGGGCUACAGAGCCAUAUUCAUUUCUGGUGAUACGCCUGUAUUGGGAAGAAGACUCAGGGCGUUGAGGAACGAAUUUGCUCUGCCGUCAAAAUUCAGGUUACAGAGCUUUCCCCUACAGUUGCAGAUUGAGGAUGGGACCAACAACGACAAUUUUCCGGAGUAUGUGAACACUCAGAUCGAUGAUACCGUCAGCUGGGACGACAUAGGAUGGAUCAGAAGCAUCUCCUCACUACCAAUUGUCAUCAAAGGCAUUCUUACUGCGGCUGAUGCCCGAGAAGCUGUAUCUCGUGGAGUAGCUGGUGUAGUGGUGUCUAAUCAUGGAGGAAGACAAUUAGACGGUGUCCCUGCAUCGAUCGAUGUUCUAGAUGAGGUAGCCAGUGCAAUCCGAGGUUCUGGUAUAGAAGUCUUCUUCGAUGGUGGUGUUCGAUCGGGAACUGAUAUCCUUAAAGCACUAGCGCUAGGAGCACGAGCCGUCUUCAUAGGUCGACCAGCUCUCUGGGCUCUCAACUAUGAUGGCUCAGCGGGCGUCUGCAAAAUGCUGGAAAUUCUGAUGAUUGAAUUUAGCGUAGCCAUGGCAUUGACAGGUUCGCUGAGUGUUGCUGACAUAAAGAAAGAUUUGCUGAGAAGACAAAUCAUUUACGCCAAGUUAUGAGGUUUACCAAAACCUGUAUAUGUAGCAUUGUUUAUCUUCUUUGUGCUUCACUGAAGCUUGAAUUAGAAAAGUUUGACACCAAUAUACUAUCAAGAUAUAAAUCAAGUGUGAUUCUAAACUAUUAUAUCCUACACGUAGGUUUAUUGUCAUAAUGUGUGUCUUCCAUUCAUCACAAUAAUCAUAAUUCAAUUUGUUAAAUUUGAUUUAUUAUAAGCGCAAUCUAGAUGAGUUUAGGGAUGAUAUUAAUAUCAACGUUUAAAACCUCUAAUUCACACUUGAAUUGUGAUUAUCUUCCUCUGUAGUAUUUUGCCAUAUUUGCUGUAUCGCAGUUGUUAUUUCCAUCAUGUGUAUUCUUUUGUAGGGGGGGGGGUCUAUAAUAUAAUGUAGCUAAUUGGCUUGUUCUAUGUUUAUGUUUUCCUUUUACUUGAUAGUAUAUACAUUGAAGUAUGAAGUAUGUAAUAAUGGUAUUACGGAACUACUGUUAUGAUUAAUAUUGGUACUGUUGGUUACAGACGGAUAUUGACGAUAAAAAAAUUACCCACCUGGCUGAUCUGUGGAUCAUUUCACUAAGUGAAUUAAAUGUUGAACAUGCUUCAUUAACACAGUAUCCAAUGGAAAUAUUACGAUUUUAUUUUAUCUGCAACACGAUGACAAGAGAUUAUUCUAACAUUAAUUAUGAAUCAUAUAAUGUCGUAUAUUUACACCAAAUCUGAAAUUAUACUGAGUUUCGCUUGCCUCUCUCUUCAUCACAUGAGUUUUUCUCAUAUUUGAUACGAUUUGAAUCGAAUUUGAACUUUAUUUCAAUUUGCUAUUAUCCCCCAUACAGUA